GUUACAAGUCACGACGAUGCUGAAAAUGCUAUUUUUGUAGCCGACAGCCAAAUCCCACGCGUUCCGGUUCCCGUAAACUGCAACCUGGCGGUUUUCUAUGAAACCUACGAGUUCCCUACAUCCAAUGACAGUAAGAAUCUUGCCAACGCAAAUGACAUUGUUGUUCGUUGUGUUGACUUUAAACCCAACAUAAAGACGAUGUUUCAUCAUACUCAGUCUCUGGACUUUGCUAUAAUUACUGAGGGGAAAAUUGUUUGGUGCGUUACCUAUACGAUCUAC